AGUUUUGUACUGUUAACAUGCAUUGGAAUCAAUACUGUGCUUUUUUAUUGGUGUGCUAAUAAAUGACUUCUUAGUGUUACUAUCCCAUAUUUAUUUUAUCAUAUGUAAAAACCAAAACAUCUGGUUAACUCUAAUAAUACAUGUCAAUGAAGUAAAUAAUAAAUAUACUCUUAUUUUGAAAUGCUACUUCCGGAAGGCGUUGACAUUGCGUUAUUGAAGCGCUUUUCACGCCUCUGCAUCUCAUCCACGCCGUUUUGCGGCUUUGAGCUGUCGUCGGUUAUCAAUCGCUCACCCAACCCUUUUCUCCGCUGUCUUCAACAUUUCUUCGUCUCGCCUUUUCUUUGUUUGAUCUGUUCAUCAUUUAUAUUAGAAUUCAACUUUUAGCAUCACACGGGUAUCUCCAGUGUAAUGCUGCAGGGAGAAAAGACAUCUUCACCACGUAAACAAAGAUCGCUAUCGAGCUGACGACGUCACUUAAAGGAUUUUUGUCAAGCUGACGUCAUCAUUCAGCAGAAGCGUGUUAAUGGGCUGUUACAGAUCUCAUAAAUACAGUCAUCAGAUCUAAUCCUAUAAGCUCAUUGUGGAUUCAGCACUCCCCGCAUCCACCCAGAGAGUCAUGAGCUCCCACAAGAGACCCGUCCGGGCCCGCUCUGAUUCUGACAGCAGCUCCUCGGCACCCCGUGACCCGAUCGUAGCAGCUACAGAAGAGGGUCCCAGUCUACUGACCCGGCUGAUGGAGCUGCCCGUGGCCCGUCUGUCCCGGCAGCAGCUGAAGAGGCUGGAGGAGCACCGCUACAGCAGUGAGGGACGCUCCCUUCUGGAGCCCUUCAUGCAGGGAUUCUGGUGCUGGCUGGUUAGCAAAGUGCCUCUCUGGAUGGCCCCAAACCUCAUCACUAUCGUGGGACUCGCUACUAAUAUUGUCAGUACUCUGAUACUGGUCUAUUACUGCCCUACUGCCACUGAACAGGCACCAACGUGGGCAUAUUUGGCAUGUGCUUUGGGUUUGUUCAUCUACCAAUCGUUGGAUGCUAUAGAUGGAAAGCAGGCACGACGUACCAAUAGCAGCACACCGCUUGGCGAGCUGUUUGACCACGGCUGUGACUCACUUUCUACAGUGUUUGUGGUUCUGGGCACAUGUAUAGCCGUUCAGCUGGGCACUUACCCUGACUGGAUGUUUUUUUGUUGUUUUGUGGGCAUCUUCAUGUUUUAUUGUGCCCACUGGCAGACGUAUGUUUCUGGAACACUGCGCUUCGGCAUAAUUGAUGUGACUGAGGUGCAAAUCUUCAUCAUAUCCAUGUAUUUACUGGCUGCCAUCGGAGGAACGGCUUUCUGGCAAUCUAUGAUUCCGGUGCUAAAUAUUCAAGUUAAAAUAAUACCGGCUCUCUUCACUCUUCUGGGAGCAGUUUUCUCCUGCACAAACUAUUUUCGAGUUAUAUUUACAGGCGGAAUGGGCAAAAACGGAUCAACUAUUGCGGGAACAAGCAUUUUGUCUCCAUCUUUUCAUAUUUUUUUAUUUGUUUUUAGCUUUAAACUUGUAAUGCUAUUAAUAUUGUAAAUGUAUUUAUUUGUUUAAUGGAUUUUUAAUAGUGCCGUGUAUAUAUUUGUUAAUCUUCUUAAUCUUUCUUAAUGAAAGUCUUAAUGAGAAAUAGUUGUUUUGUAACUAGCUGAUUUUUUUGUGUGUGUCUGCUUUAGUGUGUUAACUUUAUUUCAAGAAACCAAAAUGUUAUAGUUUCAUUUCUCUUUAAGUAAAAUAUAAUAAUUCUGCACUAAAUUUCCAAAGAAACCUGUAUCUGUAUGCAACUAAAUUAAUGGCGCAAUGUUUUUUUGUUUGUUUGUUUGUAUGUUUGUUUUAAUUAGGGAACAAGCGUUUUGUCUCCAUCUUUCCAUAUAGGAGUGGUAAUCACACUUGCUCUAAUGAUCUACAAGAAGUCAUCUGUGCAGCUCUUCGAGAAACACCCUUGUCUUUACGUCUUAGCAUUUGGCUUUGUCUCAGCCAAAC